AUGACGAUGACGCGCACUACCAACACCAACGACGACGCGAUUGCCGACGCGACCGCCUCGAUGUCGUUAUCGUCGCCGACGACGACGAUGAGCCAUUUGACGGUGCCGGAGAGUCCGGCGACGACGCGGCGGCGUCGUCGCGAGCUCGCCGAAAUGUUCGACGAUUUUCGCCGCAAAUCGGUGUCGGAGCUGAGUCUGGUGAUGGACGUGCUGCGCGGCGGCACACCGUCGCCGGGCUCAUCGCAAUACAUUCAUCCGGAGCGCGCGAGCCAAUCGACCGGCAAUCUCAACGCGCCGAAGAAGGGCCGACGGCGGCGAAAAGUGCAAAAGACGUGGCAGGCGAUGUCGCCGGCGAAUUUCGCCAAACAAUUGCAUAUUGGUAAGAGAGCGUCCCUACAAGAAGAGAAGGCGAUGCAGGCGGUGCCGACGGCGCCGAUCGACGCUUCCAAAUUUGUCGCCUAUGUUCAAGAGAGGCGAAAAAAGCGGAUACUAUUCAAGGGUGAAUAUCUGAUGAUCAAUCGCUCGAUCGACAACAACAAGUGCCGUUGCGACGUCGGCAGCACAAUGAUGGACCGCAAUCCGUACCCGGACACACUACCGUAUGACCACAAUCGAGUGAUAUUGCCGCGAAUUGACGACGAUGAGAACUCGCACUACAUCAACGCGAGCUAUGUGAACAGCUGGCUCCGAGAGAAAGCGUAUGUGGUGACGCAGGCGGUUCGAACGAAGCCGAUGAACGCCGAAUUUUGGCGAAUGAUAUGGGAACUCGGCACGAAUUGCAUCGUCAUGCUCACCAAAGUCUUCGAUUUUAUGAGGGUGAUGUGCUUACAAUAUUGGCCGCUCACCAAAUUUCAAUUUCGCGAUAUUGAAGUGGAAACGAUUGAAGUCAAAACCUAUUCGCAUUUUGUGAUUCGAACGUUCAAACUCACACGAACCACGUCGGAGUCGAUCGAGACGCGAACCGUCAAACAUUUCCAUUUCACCGAAUGGGAGCUCGACUCGUUCCCCUACAUUUCGGCGUUUAUCGAACUCCGCCGACGCGUUCGACAGUAUAUGGAGAAGAAUCCCGUUGACGCGCCGAUUGUUGUACAUUGCAGGUGA